CCAGCCUAUGCUAGAGGGCGGAAUCAACAUGGCGGCUUCCACUGGCGAACUUCCGAAACAUUUUUCUCUGAGACUCUGUUGUUACAAAUGUGAGUUGUUUUUAAUUUAAAGCUAUGAAUCCUCAAUCCUGAGAUCAGUAAGUUGGCUAUUUUGUUACAUAGCAAGCUAUGGUCGGUGAGGGUUACUUUGAAGUCUGAUUGAGGUGAAAGUCGGCAGGAAAUGGGUGGCUACGUUUCGGUCCCAGGGUGGCUUGGUGGCAGAGAAUUCAGUCCGAAACAGAAGAAAAAAAGGGGGCGAGAUGACAGUGACGAUGAUAGUGAAGAGGAUGAGAUUAUGAGAACUCCUCAGAGGAAGAAGUUGAAGUCAACAUCCAAGUACAUUUAUGACACCCUGUUUGUUAAUGGAGAGAAUUCAGACAUAACGAUCUUUGCUCUGGGAAAGGAAUGGUAUCUGCACAAAAUAUAUCUCUGCCAGUCCAGCUAUUUUGCCAGCAUGUUCAGCGGUUCGUGGAAGGAAUCUAACCUAAAGGAGAUUAAGAUGGAUAUUCCCGACAGCAACAUAGAUAUUGCUGCACUUGAAGUGGCCUUAGGAUCUUUGUAUCGAGAUGAUGUCAUGCUGGAACCUGCUAAAGUGGUCCCCAUCCUGGCCGCGGCUUCACUUCUACAGCUGGAUGGGCUGAUUUGCCAGUGUGCCGACAUCAUGACAGAAACAAUAAGCACCAAGACAGUAUGCUGCUACCACACCGCUGCAUCAGCCUACGGUUUAGAACUGGUCACACAAAACUGCAUCAGCUGGUUAGAGCAUAACCUGAUGGACAUGCAACGGGCCUCUUUGCUUCGAGAAUUAAGUUUAGAGUUAUUUGAGAAGGUCAUCAGGUCACCAAGUCUAUUUGUGCUGCAAGUGGAGAUGGAUGUUUACUCCUUGGUCAAAAAGUUUGUGUUUUUGAAACUGAUGCCUUCGUGGAACGGUAACUACAAAAAUCUCAGCAAAGAUGCAGAUAUGUUAUUUAGGGCAUACAAACCAGGGGAGUUCCUUGAGACGGAACGAGGCAAGAAGUAUGUAUCCUUAUUCCGUGGCGUACGUCUGCAACACAUCAUCAAUGACCUAGCAGCCAGCAAACAUAUAGAAAAAGACCACAUCAUAACUAACGAAUGGUUGCUUCCAGUGUAUCAGCAACAGUGGCAAUGCAUGCUGGGAUUGGAGCAAGGCCUCAACCAAGGACCGACAGAAGAAGCCGUUUCAGCUGAGACGUUUAAUCAGUUGUCUCUACGCUGUGGCCGAGUCAUCUCAAGAGAAACAGAUGUAAUUUGAUACCAACAUGGAAACAAUUGGAUUCACAUCCAGAUUGGUUUAUCUCUCGACCACAGGUUACUCAUCUUCCGUCGAAACACCGUCACUCAUCCAGUGCUUGCCAGCGUCAGUCUGCAGAACACACGCAACAUUAUGUUCAGGGUACGUGUGAUUUCCUACGACAGCCAGGGACAUGUCCUCUACCAGAAGAGGAGUCAUCUGAAGGUAUUGAGCCUCAGUAAGGAUGAGGAAGCUGUAGUCCUCAACAUUGACAAGCACGUACAGUUCCCCAUGCGAGUUAGCGUCAACAUGCUCUGCACCACCCCAACUGGAAUGGAAGAGUCCGCAGAGGACCCGGCCCCAGCCCCAAGCCAACCAAUCGGGAGAGAGGAAGAUUUAUGAAAGUAAGAAAUCCUGGACUUUGUUGUCUUUAAAUCAGUUCAGUCUUUAAAUUAUUUCAAACUGUGAUUGGCUGCUGACAUACAUGACACCUGCUUGCUCAUCAGUGCAGAGUGCACUGUUUAUUUCAUUUUUUGCUUGCGGCCAAUUGUUUGUUUAACCCUAAGUCUCCUCAAUUCUCCAAAAUCCUUCGGGCUCUGUUGGAGGAUUUUGGAGGAUUGAGGGUGAAUGGCAAAAGUGCAUGGC